CGUUGUUCGCGCUUCCUGGGCACACACUGAAUUCAGUGUUGUUGUGGUCCUGCUUUGCUUGUUGUGUGGAGAGGAUGAGCAGCAGUGCCGUUGUUGGCGGUGGCGGUGAUUGGGAUGGGGAUGGGCGUUUGUGCGACCAACGCGAUGACAACCAAGAUCAAGAGCAAGGAGGAAGAGAGGACAGAAAUGCAGCAGUAGCAACAGAGGACAAGGUGGACGUACCAUGGAACCAACCUUGGAAGUUGCCCAAACACGCGGUGCAGGCAGCGCGGGUGUACAUGGGGCGCUUGACGGGGACAUUUUCGCUGCAGUUUGUGAUCCUGUUGUUCCUCGCAUAUUGCUUCGUCAAGGGCACGCUCUACUCCUUCCUGGAGUCGGCAAUCUUGCCGUACUUCCAGUCCUACGUCAAGGUGUCUGGAGAGCGCUAUCAUGACUACUUGACGAUUGCUGCCCUGCCUUGGAGCAUGAAGGCCGUGUUUGCGAUGAUUAGUGAUGUCAUCCCCAUUCGAGGGUACCACAAGUCGUACUACAUUGGAUUCGCCGGCGUCACCGCCGCAUGCGCCCUGACCAUCAUCGCGUCGGGUCGCUUCACAUCGGACACUGCAGAUGCCGCCGCCAUGCUGUUCUUCCUCUCCCACAUGGGCGUGGUCGUUGUUGAUCUGCUGUGCGAGGGCCGCUACGCCGCGCGCAUGCGCGAGAACCCCGGAUCAGGUCCCGAUCUCGUGACAUGGGUCUGGACAUCGUACAUGACGGGGCAGCUGAUUGCCGCAUUCACCGUCGGGUUUCUGGCAGACGCGGGAUACAUUCGCCAAAUGUUCUGGAUCUGCGUCCCUCUUGCUGCCCAGAUUACGAUUCCGGUGGCCAAAGGGUACUUGCAAGAGCCGCGGAAUGAGCCACCUGUGACCACAGUGCUGUGGAGCAAACUGCGCUUGUACAAGCGCAUGUUUUCCCUGGCGGCGUGCAUGGCUGUCAUUGCGAUGGGCCUCGUCUUUGUUGCCCUCUAUGGCACGGGCACCACCAAGCUUGUGUAUGCGCUCAUGGCGUCGGUCGUGUUGUGCACGCUGUCACUGAAGCUGAUGCCGCGCACGCUCGCGCUGGCCAACAUCUACAUGUUUCUUGUGCAAGCACUCUACAUCCAGUUCAGCGGCGUCGGCCAGUUCUUCAUGACUGCCGGCCCAGAGUGCUUGCCCAACGGCCCCCAGUUCUCGUACGUGUUCUUCCAGACCACGAGCAGCGUCGUUGAAGCCAUCUUUGGCGCCAUUGGUGUCACCCUUUUUCAGACUGUCUUCUCCGGGUGGCGUUUCCAGUCCAUCUUUUGGACCACAACAUGCAUUCGUGUGUUUGCCAGCAUCUUCGAUAUUGCUCUCAUCCAACGAUGGAAUCUUGCCAUUGGCGUCAGCGAUGAAGCCAUGUUCUUGAUUGGGGACCGCAGUUUGUACAGGAUUGCGUACAUGCUUGAUUUCAUGCCGAUGGUUGUGCUGACGAGCAAACUCUGCCCCAAGAACAUGGAGAGCACGGUUUACGCGCUGCUUGCUGGCUAUCAGAACUUUGGACAGGCGAUUGCAAAGGCGUUGGGGGCGUUCUUGAUUGAGUCGGCGGGGAUUCGGGCGCAGGUGCCGUGCGACUUUACCAACUUUGGGACAGUCAUGACCAUUGGCCACAUGCUGUUGCCACUCCUGGCCAUGCCGCUCACCUUCUUCAUGAUUCCAAACGCACUCCUCACCGACGACCUGUCCAAGCACCGCUCUGCUAUCUUGGGUCUUGUCUGCCAAAUGUGGCGCGAAGUACACAAUCGCAUGGGCACCGAAGCGGCCAUGACAACUGCAACUCCGCAGGCAGCCUGUGGGCGGUCCCACGAGCUGACGGCGUACUGGAAGAAGAUCCACGGCCACUGUUGGUGUCUGCUCUUGGUGCUGGUGUUGUUGUGCUUGAUCGAACCGCCCUGCACUCGCCCGGAAACGCAUCAGAGCCCCGCCAUGUUUGGCAUUAUCGGAAGUCUGUGGGAGUUUGUGACGUCCUUUGUGUGGGGACCGACUCCCGAACAAGUCAUGGCAUCGAUUCGAGCCGGUGUGCUGCCCCAGCGCUUCAUUCACACCGUUGCGCGCUGCAAGACCUACCCUGGCGGUCCUGAGCGCUUCCCUGUUCCAGACGCCAAAGUCGACUGGAAGAUCCCGUUCCCUGGCUAUGCACCCGUCUUCUACGAGGCCACCGUCGUGAAGAAGAAGCCGGUCUGGGCAGACGAUCCAGACAACACCAAGUCCAUCACGUACAACGUUGUCGACAGCGUGCACAAGGUUGAUCGUACCAGUGCCCACGGCCCCUACACCGUGACAAAGGAAGGACACCCACUCAACCCCAUGGGCCGGACGGGCAUCAAGGGGCGCGGGCUGCUGGGCCGAUUUGGGCCAAACCACGCUGCAGACCCCGUCGUCACCCGCUGGAAGCGCAACCCGGUCACCCACGCCGUCGAGUACGACAAGGACGGCAACCCCAUCCUGCAGUUUGUGGCCAUCCUGCGCAAGGACUGCGGCCUGUGGGCGCUGCCCGGCGGCAUGGUUGACCCCGGUGAGGUUGCCUCUGCCACGGUCAAGCGCGAGUUUGGCGAGGAGGCGCUGAAUGCCCUGGAGCUGUCGCCGGCCGAGGCAGAGACGCUCAAGGGCGAGCUGGACGAGCUCUUCCACCCCGACAGCGCCGUCGUCGCGUACAAGGGCUAUGUGGAUGACCCGCGCAACACGGACAACGCGUGGAUGGAGACGACGGCGGUGAGCAUCCACGACAGCGACGGGUCCCUGCUGGACAAGUUUAAGCUCCAGGGCGGCGAUGACGCGUCUGAGGCCAAGUGGGCCGACUACCACCCGGGCAUGAAGCUGUACGCCAGCCACACCAUGUUCAUGGCCAUUGCCUACGAGUACCGCAAGCGCGAGCUCCAGCAGUGA